CCGUCGCAACAACAGCAGCAGCAGCAGCGGCGGCGGCGGCAGCGGCAGCAGCAGCAGCAGAGUACUUAUCAUCGCAGGCAGCAGCCGAGGGGAGUGAAGUGAACCGGGGGGAAGGAGAGAGAAAGGAUUUACGGACAGGGACCAAGCAUGGCUACCCAAACGACAGCAUCAUGCACUGGAUCCACUCUGUUGCAGCCAAUCAGCGAAAUCAUCAAUCUCCCUCUCGACCAGGUUAACUUUGUGGCAUGUCAGCUGUUCGCCCUGCUGAUGGCUGUGUGGUUUCGGAUCUACCUCCACCCCAGUAAGACCAGUCCUUUCAUCAGACAUGUGGUGGCCACUCUGCUGGGCUUAUACUUGGCUCUCUUCUGCUUUGGUUGGUAUUCCCUCCACUUCCUGGUGCAGAGCGGUCUGUCCUACAGCGUCAUGGUCUUCGCUGGCUUGGAGAACAUGCACAAGUACUGCUUCAUCGUGACACUUGGCUACCUGAUUUCGUGUCAGAUCACACGAGUCUAUGUGUUUGACUAUGGCAUGUACUCUGCAGAUUUCACAGGGCCCAUGAUGGUUAUAACACAGAAGAUUACAAGCUUGGCAUUUGAAAUACACGACGGUUUGACCAAGCGAGAUGUGCAGCUGACUCCCAGCCAGAAUUACCUCGCUAUCAGGCGGAUGCCAAGCCUGCUGGAGUACCUGAGCUACAACUGUAACUUCAUGGGCAUCCUGGCAGGCCCCACCUGCUCAUACAACGACUACAUGGCCUUCAUCGAAGGCACGGGCUACCAGCCACGCCACCAGGAGAAUGCCAACGGCAAAGAGAACGGGAAGUACAAGCAGAGUGAACCCUCUCCCAAGAAUGACGUCAUCUCCAAGCUGUGCACAUGUGCCAUCUCUCUGGGCAUCUAUCUGUCGCUGUGCCAGCUGCUCCCCGUGGAGCACGCCAUCGAUGACGAGUUUGUCAGCACCACGCCGUUCUACCUACAGGUUAUCUACCUUUACCUGGCCAUGCUUGCUCUGAGGCCCAAGUACUACUUUGUCUGGACUCUUGCUGAUGCUAUCAAUAACGCCGCAGGAUUCGGCUUCAAUGGUUACAACAAAGAUGGCUCCCCACGGUGGGACCUGAUAUCAAAUCUCAGAAUUCUGGAUAUUGAGUUUGCCACCAGUUUCAAGAGUUUCCUUGACAACUGGAAUAUCCAGACAGCCCUUUGGCUCAAAAGGGUUUGCUACGAGCGCUCUGCCAUCAACCCCACAGCUGCCACUUUCCUGCUGUCAGCCAUGUGGCACGGGGUGUACCCCGGCUACUAUCUGACCUUCCUCACUGGCAUUGUCAUGACGAUGGCUGCACGAGCAAUAAGGCACAACAUCAGACCAUACUUCCUGGUAUGUGACUCGUACAGAAAGAUCUAUGAUGUCAUCACGUGGGCAUGGACUCAGAUUGCCAUCAGCUACACAGUGGCACCAUUCGUCCUAUUGGCUGUGGGGCCAUCACUUAAAUUCUACAGGUCCUGGUACUACUGCUUACAUCUUCUCUGUCUCCUGGUGGUUUUGGUCUUGCCUGUCAAAUCGAGACGCCGGCAGGCCAACGAGCAGCAGGACGGCCUGCAGAAGGACAGUGUACAGGACAACCAGAUAGAGCACCACAGCACAGACAACAACUGCAACCAGAAAGACAAAGCCACAUGAGGACUCAGGACAGCGGCAGCAGCGGCAGAAACACUUGAGACCAACUAGAAACCACUGAGGGCUGGAGUGUUGCUUGUCUGUUUAGCCGACAAAAGAACCAAAUAUCGGACGCUCUGAAAAUCCUAACAGACAGAAAACACAACUCACUGCUCUGUGAAAAACUUCUCGUAGCAAGGACAACAGCAAUCUCACUUCUGACAUGAUAAAGAGACCAGGAUUUCAACUAAUGAGUGGUAGUGGUUAUUUACAUUACAUUAGUGGAAAUGAAGACUUCCAAGCUGCCUUAAACCCUCUAUGUACCCGCCUGGUGAAGUGAGAGUUGGAUGGCACGCUGCAAGUACCCAAAUGCAGUCCCACCAUAGUUAUGUCAGGUUACAGAAAGUGCAGUAUGUGGAGGGUUUUUGUCAUUGUCUGGAUACAAGCCUCUGUUAGGUGGAAACAGAAAAUGUGUUCAUGUAAUAAAACAUAACCUUUAUCAUCAGCUGCCAAUUUCAAACAGGCCUUAGGAUUCUCCAAACAUUGUUUGAUUUCUAUGUCUUUAAAAAAAAAAAAAAAUCUUUACGGAGUGGAACUCACAUUGUACGUGUUUAUUUGUAAGUUGAUGUUUGUGACAACACUUUUUGAAUUCUCAAUGCUUUGUAUUUUAUUUUUACCGGGAUGAAUGGACUUUGCCUGAAAUAGAGUCGAGACUGGAAUUCAGAUUGUGUCCGUCUCCAGCAGUGGAAAGUCUAAAAGAGGAGCUCAAGUGUUACUUAGAAGAGUUCUGUUUCUUUUUUAUAUUUUUCAUAUCUGCUGCUUUUUUUUUUUCCUCACAAACAUGACUCAUCAGAUAAGCAUAUGUUUCAAAGGGAGCUUAUUUAACCUGUUGUGAUUUUUACAUUUCCUGCUUAAAGAUUUCUGCAGUUUGGAUCAGGGGUGUCUUUUUGUGUGUGUGUGUGUGUGUGUGUGUGUGUGUGUGUGUGUGUUUUUAUAUGUUCGUAUACUUCACACAAUUGUCUUGCCUCUGAAGGAAAAAUCUCCAAAAAUACCUGUAUUUAAUAAAUUUAAGUUUAUAAUAGAAUUUAUGAAUUUGGGAAGCCGUGGAUUUUUAACAUGUACAAUUGUGUCAUUUAGUUAAUCGUCUUAAAUUCCACAGAUGUCACAGAAAUCUAAUCAGAUAACCACAUUUACCAAAAGUUUAGUUAUUUCUUAAAAGGUUUUGUCGCCAUGAAAUUUACAAAUCAAUUGAAUGUAGAAGUUUCCAAUUGAAUUCACAGUGCAUUAAAGCACAUCCCGUUAUCAGGCUGCAAAUUAUGUGUGUGCAAUUUGAGUGUGUUCGUGGGGAAAUUUACAGUAAUUUAAUGUAUGUGACAUGAUCGUAUUAUUAUUUUUGUACAAAAUUCAAAGACAUAGACGGACUGUUGUGGCAUAUUGUCGUUUCUUCAUAUUGUGUGCACUUAUGUUAGAAUAGAGAUGUUUCAGGUUGCAUUUACUGUUGGGUUUAAGAGACUCUGGUUCCUCAUGCGGUGUCGGUCCAUGACUCACCUUAAGCCUUUCAAAUCCUCCAUUCUACUCUCUACAACAUGCAACAGUUCAAACAUUCACCCAUGGGAAGCGGUACUGUUCGUGAGACAUUUUUAAGAAAAUGUGUAACAUAGGUGCUGAUGAGGCAACCUAAAAGGCACCACAAUGUAGUUUAAACAAUAACAAAAAAAACACAAAUUUUUACGCAUUUCUUAAAGUAUCCAAUAGUCUGGGGAUUUCUAGCCCAACUUACCAGAAACACUUAGUGUUGAUUUUUUUCGAAACUUGUCAGUAAUGUAACAUUGAUCUAGUGCAUUUGUGUCAUAUAAAAACAAAGCAGCAGAGGUGAGCUUUGAAGUAUGGACCUCUUUCAUUUUCCUUUUUUCUAACACUUUCAUAUUCCUGCCAUAACUGUGCGUGUGUACCAGUGUUCAUGUGAUCUGUACAUGUCGAUGUGGUCUUGGUCUCAUGUCAAGUAUGUGUGUAGCCUGGGCCCUGUGAAGGCGAGUGUGGACCACUUAAGGGAAAAGGGGAUGUCAUUCUAAAAACAACAACAAAGCGAUUCUUGCAAUGCAUGGCCACCCAAACCAGCAGAUCAAUGCAAGCUGCUCCAUAUGUCCAAAGUGCCAAAUCAAGGAUGGCGCCUCUUGUUUUUGUGUGUAUGUGAGCAUGCGUGCCUGCGCGGGUGUUUGUGUGUGUGCAUGUGUCCAUGUGUGUGUGCGCGCCUGUUUAACAUAAUGGUUAUUUUUGUGUCAGAAGGAACUUUAUCGAAAGAUUUGUAUAACAGUACAUUAAAAAUUCUGAUUUAUGUGGCUAAAUAAAGAGAAAUUAUUUUUAAACACUAAA